CCCUCUAUAUGAAAACGUUCGAUGCUCCGCAAAUCUUAUAUGAACUAUACCUCGCAGUCACGUAUGAAAUACGGUGAACCGCGUAUGUGCAUAUGAACCUAUAUGCAAAAACUUAACGUAGUUUAUCACAGUUAAUUAUCGUAAAACUCGUGCGUAAUAACUAUCAUUGCUCAUCAGAGGUUACGCACGAGACUUUUGCGGACUAUGCAGGAAUUUCCUUACGUGUUAUCAGAGUACGAGGAAAUAAAUCCUCUUCUUUACAAGCCUAUCAAUUCAACUCAACGAAUCAAGUAUACAUGUUUCAAUACAUCUUCCAGCUAUAUUGUAUUAGGUUCAACCAGUGGCAGUAUUUAUCUAUUUUCAAGGAAACCAUGCUCAUUUUUACAGUUAAUACCCUUAUCGGAGGGGGCAGUUUCUCGUAUUCUCAUAUCACCUGAUGAGAAAACAAUUGCCUUGACAACAAAUCGUGGUAUAGUUUGUCUAAUAGCUCUAAAAUCUAUGCCAAAAUUGAUAGCUAUAUCAACCGAGCACAUUCAUAAACAAGUUAACUGCCUGUGUUGGAAUGAUAAUAGCUCCGAAGUAUAUAUUGGAGAUGGACAUGGAAAAGUUUCUGUUAUGGCACUAUCUAUUUUUACGGUAAAUGGCAUGUUUCAAGCACCAACUUGUACAUUGAUGAAUUUAGAUUCAAGCAUUGUACAACUUAAUUUCUUAUCACCUUUAUUAUUAGUGUCAACUUUGACUCGUUGUUACAUAUGUGAUACAAUACAGGAACAGUAUAAACAAGUAGGAAAUAAAGCACGGCAUGGAGAAUUUGGUGCCUGUUUCUAUAAAACAUGCCUUAUAGAGAAUAAGAGUACUCCAGAUAGCCAGAAGGAAGGGAAAGUAGUUAAUAAAAAGGGUUCUUUUAAUUUCAUUGCAGAAGGUAACAGUAAGAUACAAGAAGAAAAUUUUCCUCAAAUCUUUUGUGCUAGACCAGGAUCUAGACUUUGGGAAGUGUCUGCAAAUGGAAUAGUAAUGAAAACUCAUCAGUUCAAAGAAGCAUUUGCUAUUCCACCUACAAUAAUAUGCAGGCCAAGCAUUAGGAAAUCUGUUUAUCAAAAACAAGAAGAACAAACCUGGCUGCCUCAAUCUAUUAAUUUCUCCUAUCUGUCUGUUAUUGGAGAGAAGUAUUUAUUUUCAUAUACUUCUACUGGCCUAUACAUUAUUGAUCCCCUGACUGCAACUGUAGUACUGUGGAAUAAUGAAUUUUCAAAUAUAUCUUUAGCAGAAACUAUCGAGAAUAAAAUAUAUUUGAUGACCUCUGAUGGGGAAUUUCAUUGUUUAGUUUUAUAUUUCUUAGAUUCCUUGAUAUUACGAUUGUAUAAUAAAAAGAAAUAUUAUGAGUGUUUAGAGAUAUGCCUCAUGUAUAAACUACAAUUAAAAAAAUUAGUAAAUAAUACUAAGAUUAAUAAUGUUUGUGAUAUAGAGAAUAGGUUGCAAAUAUUUAGAGAUGAUGAAUUGUCAACAUUAUUACAUCCUUUGAUACUUUUGUUGGAAUCUAAUAUAAAAAUAAUUCCAAAAAAAUUAGAUUCAGGUAUUGUAGUUGUUAAUUGCGAAGAUUCAGACUUGAAAGAUGAAGAAAAUUUGGGGCUUCAUUCUAUAUCCUAUUGUUCUUUGCAAAAUAAUGAAAGGCUUUUUGAAACCGAAUUAAACAUAGAAAAAGAAAAAACAUCAACCAAUUUAUUGAAUGGUUCCGAUAAUAAAACGAAAAAGGAUGAAGACACGAAUUGCAAUACAGCCAAGGAAAUAGAAGAAAGUCAUGAUGAAACCAAAGAAAAAUUGAAUUUGAACAAAAAUGUAACACAAAGAAUACAAGCAGAUCUAGAAAUUAUAUAUACGGUAGUUGGUAAUAUUAAGUCUUCAAUGGACGAAGAAGACUUAGAAAAAAUAAUUUUAGAUAUAGAUUGGAGAAUGAAUGUUAUCAAAGAUUCAUAUGAAAAUGUAGAUGAAUUAAAGAACUUUGUAUAUGAAGUAUUAAGAAGUGUAGAAUUAUGUUAUUUCAAUGCUUUAUUAGAAAAUGUUUCAAUACAACUAAUACAAUCUACAGAUAAUGAAAAUAUUAUAAAACAAAUAAUAAAAGCUUUUGUUAAUGUAAAUGCACAAAGCUGCAGAAGAUGUACCUGUGGUAGUGUGUAUCCAACAAAUGAACUAAUAGAACCAAAGUUCCUCGGGAUUGGUAAAUCCCUUCUUAAGAAAAUGCUAGAUGAAAAUAAGGAGGAGUGUAUAAAUUUAUGUAACAAAGUACCUUAUAUGUGGCGAGAUUACUUGCCACUUUACACAGAACAGCAUGGUAUAAUGACGAAUGAUCUAAUACGCCAAUGUCUUCAAACUAGAGAUAAUAUUAUAUUUUCCAUUUUUUUACCUUUAUUGGAUGGGAAACAUUGGAACUAUAUAGCGACAUACGCGAAAGAAAUUCAAGAGGGACAGUGUUUGUUUUGUAGAAAGUCUAUAAAAAGAGGAAAUCACGAAGAAUGGAUAAACUGGACUGCUGUGAUAUAUGAAAUCAUGAAAAAACAGGGACCUGAUAUUGCCAUGACAUUAUUGAUAAAAUUAGAGAAAGCUAUUCCAAAUGUUCCUAUUGAUAAAAAUAUAUUUCAGUCAUUAGUAUUUACAAAACUUUUAUAUCAACAUGGGAUGAAGUAUGCCAUUAAUCUUAAUAAAACUAAUUUGGAGUCAUCUGAAUACAAUACAAUAUGUUCUACAAAGAUUCGAGAUCAAGUGGUAGAAGUUCUUGAAAAAGACUUAAGUAAACCGAUUAAUAAAAAUAUUUUCGAAAAUGGGCCGCAUCAUUGGGGAAUGCAUUAUCAGAAUAAAUUAUCUACAUGUUCUUGCUGCACACUGUCCCUUCAAACACCAGUUCUAUUAGGUAAUAAUGGAAUCGCAAUAUUUGAUUGCGGCCACGCUUACCACGUAAAUUGUAUGAUAGAAAAAAAACUCACUGCCUGUAAUCUUCAUUCAUAAUUGUACAUGCAUAACAAGUAUAUACAAAUAAAUCUCGUAAAAGAAGAUACAAAUAUUGACAUGUAAACAAAGUCUCAUCCAGGUAGUUUACAGAAUGAAAAGCUGCACACUAUAUCUAGUCUUUAAAAAAUUUGCUUGCGUGUACUCAUAUAAGCGUAUUUACAAAUUUAUUGUCGAAAUACAAAUUGUUAUCACAGAUAAAUCUCACGGUUUAACAAUGAAAUUGAAUUUAAAAGAUAGACUUUUUGAAUUCCUUAUGAUAUAAAGAAAUGUAAUGAUUUUAUCAAAUACAAUUUUGUUUGUGUAAGCAAGUAAUAAAACUUACAAUAGAAACUAGUAUUUGUGUAAAAAGAGUACAAAAAU